UAUCUCCGACUCGAUUGGCCGACCAUGAGACAUGUGCUAAGUGUGGGGUAGUUAGCGCACAGAUUACGUCGCCGAUCACGCUUUUCCGCGCAGUACUUCUAUUGCCCGUCGCCAUCUAUCAUCUCCGCCACACCUACACACACAUCCCAACACCUACCUGCUCCCACAACAACUUCCAAAUAUCGAUUUUUUAACAGAUAAACUGCGCAUACCGAGUCCAUCAUCAUGUUCAGAAGAGUCGCAGCAGCCGUGCCUGCCCAGGCCGGACGAGUACUUGCAACCGCCGCGAGACCCAGCAUCGCAUCACCCAUCCGCACAGCAGCACCUGUAGUAUCAACAGUCGGAAGGCGACAAUACCACGAGAAAGUGCUCGACCACUAUAACAGGCCACGAAAUGUCGGCUCAAUGACAAAGACUGACAGCGAUGUCGGCACCGGACUCGUCGGCGCACCCGCAUGUGGCGAUGUCAUGAAGCUCCAGAUCCGAGUCGACCCCAACAACAACACCAUCAGCGAUGUCAAGUUCAAGACAUUCGGAUGUGGUAGCGCAAUUGCCAGCUCGAGUUAUCUGACCGAGUUGGUCCGAGGCAUGACAUUGGAGGAUGCGGCGCGGAUCAAGAACACAGAGAUUGCCAAAGAGCUCUGCCUACCACCUGUAAAGCUGCACUGCUCUAUGCUUGCCGAGGAUGCCAUCAAGUCCGCUAUCUCCAACUACUAUACCAAGAACCCCAAGGCACGACAAACAGAUCUAGGCGGCAAGUCGGCGCCGUUGCCAAAGGUUGAAGUCGAGACUGUGUCCUCUGCGGCGGCCUAAGAAGCAUGUUUAGCAUAAAUUGAUACCGAGGAUACCAAAGGAAAGAGUGAAAAGUGGCCUAUGAAGAAACCUGAUAUUUAGUCUCUCGUUACUUGAUGUAUCGAUUGGGUCAAGGGCGUUUGUGUGUUAGGAAUGUUGGCUUAUUGUACAGGCAAGCCGAAAGAAUACCUAAAUUAUCAUCGCAAUGAACAAAAACACUUGAAUAUUGAGAUAUAUC